AUGUCACUUUUUGAGUCUCUUUAUUCAUCACCUCGAUUUUGGUUUGCCAUACAAUCACUGAUCGGAAUUGGAGCGUUCUCUCUCUGUACUCACUUGAUCCUAAAGAAUCGAAGAUUUACCAUCUUUUAUGCACUGUUUACGUCGAUUCAUAGCUUGUUUACAAAUUCGUAUUUUGCAUCCAAUCAUUAUUUUCCAAUAAUUCCUAUUGCUGGCCACUUUUAUUUAAAUGGCGCAUUAUUUGCACAUUUAUUUGUGUUGAUGAAAUGGAGAAAAUUAAAGCCCAAUUGGUACUUGUGGAGCAUUUGCAUGCCUGGAUACUUUUAUUUGGCUUGGGGUGCAAUGGGAUCCAUGCUCUCCAUUCCUCAUUCCAUUCUGAGAAUUGCAUUUCGAUCUCUCUUUUCACAACUCGAUCCCAAUAUGAUCUAUUUUCAUUGUUUAAUUUUGAUACUCACUUCCUAUUCAUUCUACUUGUCGUUUGUGAGUCCACCAUUUUGCAAGGAACAAGUGCAUAUUGAUUUGACACAUAAUCGCAAGAGUGAAGAGCUUGAAUCCAAACAGUUACAAAAACAACACACUCCUCACGAUCAUGUCGUAGAAUUGACAAGUGACAAGGUGGUACAUCAAGAUGAAUCGUGUAUUCUUCGAGUGUUUCAAAUUACAGAUGCACACUUAGGACCAUACAUGAGUAAGAAACGAUUGUUUAAAGUUUGUCAAAAUAUUGUGAAACACAAACACCAAAUUGAUCUCGUAGUCAUUACUGGUGAUAUGGAAACCAUGGACACACAUCACGACGAGGAUUCAUUACGAGAGGCUCUUUCUCCUCUCAAAGAGAUUUCUCACAAAGUUGUCGCAUGUUUGGGAAAUCACGAUUAUGAAGUGUUGGAAAAAAUUCGAAGAGCCUAUCAAGAAAAUUCCAUUACCUUACUCGAGGAUGAUCAAACCAUCAUUGAAAUUGAACGAUGGACCCAAUUGAGUGGCGAAAAAUCUCACGUUCAAAUCAUUGGUUCAUCUUUUUCAUUUGCAGCAAUGGAAUCAUCGACUCGACACAUUCAAGAAUUGUGUAACAAGUUUCCACGAGUCGAUGCGAAUACUCCACGAAUUUUGUUGAUUCAUAAUCCUUCCAUGCUAUCUGCUUUGGAUACAAAGGAUUCUUGUGAUAUUGUGUUUAGUGGACAUUUACACGGUGGACAAAUUGGAAUUGGAAGAAUGACUUUUGUGAAAGGUCUAUAUUAUGCAUUGAAAAUUUUUGGUAAGGAAAAGACAAUUUUCAAAGUUUAUCCACCAGAUCAAGGUUUAUAUGGAAGAAGAAAUUUGAGAUUAUAUUCUCAUAGAGGAACUGGUCACUAUGGAUUCCCACUUCGACUGGGCAUUGCCUCUGAACAAUCUCUCAUUCAUUUGUACUUUUAA